GGGAGGCGGGAGGGGCUGCUGGGGCCCGGCCCAGACCUCCCGGCGGUCGCAUUGUUUUCCUCCGCGGACCCGCGGCGGGAUUGGGGGCUGCGACUGGGCUUGCGGGACUGGACAGCGCCCGGGAAUCCAGAUCCAAGCUCCGUCCAACCCCUACGCUCAUCACACCUCGCCAGAACCCCAACGACGGAUCGCGAAGUCGGCGCGGUGCGGGGCCGCUGCCCGCCCGCUGCCCUCUCGACCCCGCUAGCUCGGAUCUCGGAGCAAGUACCCAGGAACUGGGACAGGGCUGCAGGGAGGUCAAAGGUCUUCUAUCCUCAAACCCCAACAGCAGUCAUCACCCAGGGCCAGCAUAUGGGUGAGGGGGCACCCCCUGGGGCCUGAGCUGCCCCGCACAGGAUGCCCCGUGCCCCCUACUUCAUGCCCUUGCUGCUCCUGCUGCUGCUGCUCUCACUUCCCCACACCCAGGCCACCUUUCCCCGGGAUCCCCUCCCUCUGCUGAUCUCUGACCUGCAAGGUACUUCCCCAUUAUCCUGGUUCCGGGGCCUGGAGGAUGAUGCUGUGGUUGCAGAACUUGGGCUGGACUUCCAGAAAUUUCUGACCUUGAACCGGACCUUGCUAGUGGCUGCCCGGGAUCAUGUUUUCUCCUUCGAUCUACAAGCUCAAGAAGAAGGGGAGGGACUGGUGCCCAACAAGUAUCUAACAUGGAGGAGCCAGGACGUGGAGAACUGCGCUGUGCGGGGGAAGCUGACGGACGAGUGCUACAACUACAUUCGUGUUCUCGUUCCCUCGGACUCGCAGACACUCCUUGCUUGUGGAACGAACUCAUUCAGCCCCGUGUGCCGCAGUUAUGGGAUAACUUCGCUGCAGCAGGAGGGUGAGGAGCUGAGUGGGCAGGCUCGAUGCCCCUUUGAUGCCACCCAGUCCAAUGUAGCUGUCUUUGCAGAGGGCAGCCUGUAUUCAGCCACAGCUGCAGAUUUCCAGGCCAGUGACGCUGUAGUUUACAGAAGCCUUGGCCCUCAGCCCCCACUCCGCUCAGCCAAGUACGACUCCAAGUGGCUCCGAGAGCCACACUUUGUCCAUGCCUUGGAGCAUGGAGACCAUGUCUACUUCUUCUUCCGAGAGGUCUCCGUGGAGGACACCCGGCUGGGGAGGGUACAGUUCUCCCGUGUGGCCCGUGUGUGUAAGCGUGACAUGGGCGGCUCACCGCGGGCCUUAGACCGUCAUUGGACAUCCUUCCUGAAGCUUCGGCUCAACUGCUCUGUCCCUGGGGAUGCCGCCUUCUAUUUUGACGUCUUACAGGCCUUGACUGGGCCUGUGAACUUGUAUGGCCGCCCUGCUCUCUUUGGGGUCUUCAGCACCCAGACCAAUAGCAUCCCUGGCUCUGCAGUCUGUGCCUUCUACCUGGAUGAUAUUGAACGUGGGUUUGAGGGCAAGUUCAAGGAGCAGAGGAGUUCGGAUGGGGCCUGGACCCCCGUGUCUGAGGACAGGGUCCCCUCCCCCAGGCCAGGAUCCUGUGCAGGAGUGGGUGUAGCUGCCUUAUUCCCCUCUUCUCGAGAUCUCCCUGAUGAUGUCCUGACUUUCAUCAAGGCUCACCCACUGCUGGACCCCACUGUGCCACCUGCCACCCACCAGCCUCUCCUUACCCUCACCAGCAGGGCCCUGCUGACCCAGGUAGCUGUGGAUGGCACGGCUGGUCCCUAUCGUAACACCACAGUCCUGUUCCUUGGCUCCAAUGAUGGAACAGUGCUGAAGGUGCUGCCCCCAGGGGGACAAUCUGGAGGCCGGGAGCCCAUCCUGUUGGAAGAGAUCAAUGCCUACAGCCCCUCCCGGUGCAGUGGGAAGCGGGCGGCCCAAACAGCACGGCAGGUGAUAGGACUGGAGCUGGACACUGAAGGUCACAGGCUCUUUGUGGCCUUUUCUGGCUGCAUCAUCUACCUCCCUCUCAGCCGGUGUGCCCGGCAUGGAGCCUGUCGGAGGAGCUGUCUGGCUUCUCAGGACCCAUACUGUGGAUGGCAUAGCUCCAGGGGCUGUGUGGAUAUCAGGGGACCUCGUGGGACUGAUGUGGAUCCAGCUGGGAACCAGGAAUCCAUGGAGCACGGUGACUGCCAAGACGGAGCCACCGGGAGUCAGUCUGGCACAGGGAACUCUGCUUAUGUGCUUCUGGGUCCUGGCCCUUCCCCCGAGACCCCCAGCCCCCCCAGUGAAGCCCGCCCCCGGCCCCAGGCUUCCACCCUUGGAGCUCACACUCAGGGCGUGCGCCGCGACCUCCCCGCAGCCUCGGCCGCCCGCUCGGUGCCCAUCCCGCUGCUCCUGGCCUGUGUGGCCGCGGCCUUCGCCCUGGGCGCCCUGGUCUCCGGCCUGCUGGUCUCCUGCGCUUGUCGCCGCGCCCACCGACAUCGGAGCAAGGACCUGGAGACGCCCGGGCUCCCGCGCCCCCUCUCCCUCCGCAGCCUGGCCCGGUUGCACGGGCCGGGCCCGGAGCCGCCGCCGCCCGCCAAGGACGGAGACCCCGCGCCGCCGCCCCAGCUCUACACCACCUUCCUGCCUCCGCCCGAGGCCGGGUCCCCGCCGGACCUCGCCUGCCUGCCCACCCCGGAGUCCACGCCCGAGCUGCCGGCCAAGCGCCUCCGCCCCGCGGGGGGCCCCUGGGAGUGGAACCAGAACGGGAACAACGCCACCGAGGCCCCCGGCCCCGCGCGCGGGAACGCGGCCGGCGGCUCGGCGCCCCGCGUGCUGGUGAGGCCGCCGCCGCGCGGCUGCCCGGGGCGGGCGGUGGAGGUGACGACCCUGGAGGAGCUGCUGCGCCACCUGCACGCCCCGCCGCCGGCCCCGCGGGCGCUGCCCCUGGAGCCCGCCCCGGCCCCCGCCCCGCCCCCGCCCGGCCGGCCGGCUCCCGCCUCCCCCCGCGAAUGCGCGCCCCCCCUGCGGCUGGACGUGCCCCCGGACGGGCAGUGCCCGAGGCCCCCCGGCCGGCCGGCCCCCGCUCCCCGGCUCGGGGUGGGCGGCAGCCGGAGGCCGCCCUUCUCCUCCCACCGGGCGCCCCCCGCCCUGCUCACUCGCGUGCCCUCGGGGGGCCCCUCCCGGGACUCAGGGAGACACCUGUACCUGGGCCGCCCCGAGGGCUACCGGGGCCGCACCCUGAAGAGAGUGGACCUGCAGAAGCCCCGGUCGCCCCCGAAGCUGCCCCCGGUCGCGCCCCCCGCCCCGCUGGCCGUCCCCGGCGGCAGCCAUUUUAACUUGUGAAGGAAGCCGCGAGCGGACCGGCCUCCCAGGAUAGGCCCCUCCCCGCCCCACACCUGCGGCCUUCCCGGACCCGAGGCGCCGGGCCCUCCCGCCUCGGGCUUAUUUAUUGACUGUCUUCCCCGCUGUCCCCUCGAGAGCGGCGCGGGGGACGGAGCCUGCCCCUCAGCGAGCCAGCUUUCCUGGAGGGCCCGGCCCGCCCCGCUCCCCUCCCUCAGCCGAGCUGCCUUAACGCGCCCUCUGGGCUUCCUCCCUGGCCGGGCCCCGGGCGGGCCGCAGGCGGACGGGCGGACGGACGGGGCUGGGGCCACGCGCGUCGUGACUGAUCCUCGGACCUCCUGGGAGGGCCUCCUACCGUGUAGGAGCCUUCGCUCCCCAAUACAGCUGUUCCCCGAGUCGCCGCUUCAUU